CCCCAGCAUCUGACAGAACAGGCCAGUCCUACAACAGCGAGUCCCUCCACUUCCUCGCUCCCGGCUACUUUACCUCCAGGCGGAAGAGUUGGAAGGAAGAUUUUUUUUAACCGAAAGUCCGACCCUCUGAGUGUACCCCCUCGCCCCUGUCAGCCUUCCUCGCUGUACUCCGACCGAACUCGGCUGCCAAAACCAGCAAACUGGAUUUCUGAACCGCCUAGGCGGCAGCCGAAGAUUCACCGGACCUUCCCUCGGCGUUGCGGAACCACAGCUUCCCAGACUCGGCGCUCCCAUGUUCUGGAAAAGCGAGAGCCUGGUACUUCUGCCAGAGGGGAACAAGGUCCUAGCCGAAGGUUUCCUGGCCGAAAAGGUAAUGUCACAGGACAGAGAGCAUCUACAAGCCGCGUCUCGCUGCGUGGAAAGCAGCGUCCCCCGCACCGUGUCUCAUUCGGAUAACGACACGCUGGGAGCGAACAUGGAGAAAGAUGAGAUUCGAUCUUCCCCCAGUCCCCCGUCUACCCCGUCGAUUUCAUCCCCGCCUUCCUCGUCGUAUUCCAUCAUCUCCGCCGACAAGAACAUCUGCGCCAGCUGUGGUUUAGAGAUCUUAGAUAAAUAUCUGCUGAAGGUGAAUAAUUUGAUAUGGCAUGUUCGCUGCCUCGCUUGUUCCGUCUGCAGGACUUCCCUGCGCAGGCACGCCAGCUGUUACAUUAAAAACAAAGAAAUCUUUUGCAAAGUGGAUUAUUUCAGCCGGUUCGGGACGACGUGUGCCCGCUGUGGGCGCCAGAUCUACGCCAGUGACUGGGUGCGCCGGGCGCGGGGCAACGCCUACCACCUCGCCUGCUUCGCCUGUUUCUCGUGUAAAAGGCAACUCUCCACCGGCGAGGAGUUCGGUCUGGUCGAGGAGAAGGUUCUCUGCAGAAUCCACUACGACACCAUGCUGGAGAACCUGAAGCAGGCAGCGGAGAACGGGAAUGGGUUGAGCCUGGAGGGAGCUGUGCCCUCGGAUCAGGACACUCAUCCCAAGCCGGCAAAGAGAGCGCGGACGUCCUUCACGGCAGAGCAGUUACAGGUGAUGCAGGCACAGUUUGCACAGGACAACAACCCCGAUGCACAAACGCUUCAGAAGCUCGCGGACAUGACUGGUCUGAGCCGGCGAGUUAUCCAGGUCUGGUUUCAAAACUGCAGAGCGCGACAUAAAAAGCACACGCCCCAGCAUGCUGUCGGCCAGCCUGGUCCCCCUCGGUCUCGCCUCCCUCCGUCCCUACCGGAGGACCUUCACUACCAGGCUUUCGGUCAUCACGAGCGGACCAGGAUGGUAGCGCUACACGGAUACGUGGAGAGUCAUCCAUUUUCAGUGUUGACAGCACAGUCAAUCCCACAUCAAGCAUUGGCUCUCCCUCAGCUCCCAAUUAGCCGCUGAUCCCUCGACCGACAGAUCCGGUUUUUGAAGAACAGAAGGAUUCAUUGAUCACGCGCCAAGCAGAAACUCAGUUUGUAAAUCCUGUUUGUGUACAUUCUUGGUCGUCUGUCAAGAUGCUCAGACCUGUCGUUACACAGUUUCCAUGGCUUGGUUUUCACGUUGUGUUGAAUUCAAUUCGAUAUCUGAGGAGUCACUGGGAGGACUCGGCAGGGCAGGCAGCGCCUCUGGAGAGUGCAGACGAGUUCCAGCUGCAAGUGUGUUUGUCACGUGUACAUCAAAGUUUACAAUGAAAUGCACCAUUUGUGUCAACAACCAUCGCGGUCCGAGGAUGUGCUGGAGGCAGCCCGCAAGCGUCACCAUAGCCUGCCCACAACUCUCUAACCCCAACCCAUAUGUCUUUGGAAUGAAACCGGAGCACCCUGUUCUCCAAGGAGAAUAAUCUCUUUCUGUAACUCAAGUCUUCCAGUCUCGGUAACAUCCAUGUGAAUAUUUCCAAUUCAGAUUCAUUAUCACAGGUACAUUGAAACAUAUAGUGAAAUGCGUUGUUCACAUCAAAAACCAACACCCCCGGGUCAUGGCUCAUUCAAUCGUCAACAUAGCGUACCCACAAUGCUGAGUGGGACAACACAGAACACAACAAGCAGCAAAACUUAAAGCCCCGGUUCCUCCCACCCACACACAUAGUCCUUUAACCCAGGACAGACCUCCAGCCUCCGGUGGACACCCACAAACAUUGGACUUUGACCCAUCCAGCGGUGGGGUCCCCUGUCUCCAGCUCCACUGCAGUGUUUCUCACAAAGAAACAGACUCCCCAGUGUGGAGACGGAUCCACUGUCACGAGACUGAAGUCUGUUGGCAAGAAAGCAUAGACCAUAGGUGCAGAAAUAAGCCAUUCAGCCCAUCGAGUCUAUUCCGCUAUUCCAUCAUGUCUGAUUUAUUAUCCCUCUCAAACCCAACCCCAAUGCUCUGACUAAUCAAGACCCUAUCAACCUCUACUUUAAUUAUACCCAGUGGCUUGGCCUCCACAGUGGUCUGUGGCAAUGAAUUCCACAGAUUCACCACCCUCCACAAUCUCUUCAGUUAUCUCUUUCAGAACCCUGAGAUGUAGUCCAUCUGGUCCAUGUGACUGGUCUUCCUUCAGACCUUUCAGCGGGAGCUGAACCCAGAUCACUGACUGCAGGUGUUACACUCACUUUACUGUCCUUUGUGUCUAAUUAUCAGAACUGAGUGUUGGCCAAAGGAGGUGGUUCAUCACAUCAUCCUUAGUAUUGCGUUAGCAAUACUUUAUAGGAGGAGCUGAGAAGAGUUUGAACCAUUUUCACUUCCAUCAUUUGUAUAAUUUCCCUUUUAGAGAACUAAAGUACAGAGGGAAAAAAAGCAUUUUAGGAUGUAUAUUGUAUACAUUUCUCUGACAUUAAAUUGGACCUUUGAACCUUUGAAGUUCAGCUUGGUGACUCUUCUUAUGCCCCGUUAAUCUAACUAGGGCCUAGGCUGCCGACAACCGCUCUCCAGGGUCUUCUGUCUUGGGCCAGUCUUU